ACACCCGUUUAGAUCAUCAAAACAGUACUAAACCCUAAUUAUACAAGACAAGCUUCUCUAAGAAAAAUGGAGAAGAUUCUCUUUCCUCUGCUCUUCUUCUUUAUGGCAUUAAUAACCACGCAAGAAGCCUCUUCUCAGACCCUCUUUGCUCGUGUCUCCCCACCCUCCAGUCUCCCACUCUUCACCCUAACCCUAAACUCGAACGAGAGCUACUUCGUCGACAUCACAGCCCCUCUCUUGGUUCGCCGCUGUGAAGGAAACUCCACCCCACGCGCCACCGUCCCAUGCGCCUCCCCGGCCUGCUUCAUCUCCCGCCUUUUUCGUCCAGCCCCUUGUCCUCUCCCCAACAACACUUUCGUCCGCGGCCAAUGCGCUUGCGUCGCCUCCUCCUUUGACCCUUUUUCCGCCACUUGUGGGACGAACCUUCUCACUACAGAAACCAUUGCCGUCUCCUCCACAAACCCUAGAAAUCCAACGUUUCUUGUUCCCCAAGUCAUCGUCUUAUGCGUUCCCACGGUGUUCUUGGGGGGUCUUCCGCCGGGAAUUUCCGGCGUUGCGGGCCUUUCCCGGUCACCUCUGUCCACGGCUUCCCAACUGUCCUCUUUGAAUCUCGGGUUGUCUAGGAAAUUCGCCUUAUGUUUGCCUUCUAGCGAUAAUGCCAACAACAGAGGAGUCGUCUUCUUUGGAAAAGGUCCGUACAUGUUGAAAUCUGGGGCAAGUCUGGAUUCUUCUAGAAUCUUGUCCGAAACUCCGCUGAUUCUGAACUCCAGGAUACCAAACGGGAACUACAUCAGCCUUAGGGGCAUUUCCGUCAACGGAAAAGAUGGCCGGUUCGGUCCGAGCACUUUCGCAUUCGAUUCAAACGGCGGAGGAGGUACCUUGCUGAGCACGACAACUCAGUACACUACAUUAAGAACCGACAUUUACAGAUUCAUUCUCGAAGAGUUCUCCAACGCUACUUCUCAAAUACCAAGAGCCGACCCGGUUAGCCCCUUCCGUUUAUGCUUCCGGUUAAGUUCAAACAGUCCGGUCCAAAACAGUUUUAACGUUCCUCGUAUCGAUCUGAAACUGAACAACGGGAGAAUCUGGAGCGUGUAUGGCGCGAACUCGCUGAAGAAGGUGAGUGAUGACGUGGCAUGCCUUGCUUUUGUAGAUGGGGGCGCUUCGCCGAGUCCAACGGUGGUGAUUGGGUCGUACCAGAUGGAGAACAACUUGUUGGUUUUCGAUUUGGCGAGGUCGGUUUUGGGCUUUAGCUCUUCUCUGUCUUUGUUUAACGCCUCUUGCAGCGAUUUUCAAACCGGUUCUUGAUCGGUAACCGGUUCUAGACCGACAUAUCUAUAUACCGAAUAAACCGAUGAAAUAAGAUGUAAUAACUUAUAAGAUAUAACUUAUAAGCCAUUUUAGUUUGAAUCUGAAGUAUAGCUUCAAUAUUUAUGUUC